ACACGUGUUACCACAUACAUAUAUUGUUUGAUAUAUCUAUGUAUGUAUCACACAUUAUACCUUAUCAUUCAACUGAAUCGUGAAACACAAGCCAACACACUAUCAAGAAUGAGUACCGAGUUAAAAUUCAAUUGUUGGAAGUGCACGAUGGUCUUUAAGACGAACCGGGAGAGGAAGAACCACAUGGCCAACAGAGAGCACGGGGCGUUAAGAGUGGUAUGCCCAUCUUGUCCGAGAGAAAGAUUGUUUCGGAGGUCAGUUCCCGAAUUGAGAGACCAUUACCAAAGGGACCAUCCAAAGGUUUUCACCACACUCUCCAAAGAGUUUUUUUCCGAGAGCAACGGAUUCUGGCUGUCCAUAAACCCCGCCGACUAUUUACGGAUUGUCUCUAAUACAGCAAGGUCGUCAGAUGAAGCGAGAAAGGCCCGAGAAAUGGUGCGAGGAUGGUUUGACUUCGUCAGAGGGAAUAGCACCAAGUUGAAAGAUUUCGAAAGAGGAUGGGAUUCAGCUUCGAACAAACGAGACAGAGCACCUACCAUACCCUGUGAGAGCAGUUUUGUCCCUGAUUACGAAGGGACCCCGCCUCCAAAGAAAGUUCACUAUGAUCCCGAGAACCCAUCAAUAGAGCAGACGUCGCUGUCCAUACACAGCAUUGUCAUGAAACCCGUUGGUUUUGAGGCCUUCCUACUUAACGAAGAACGCUCAGUAUGGUACAAGUGCUCCAUUUCGCCAAACCUAUCCAACAAGGCCAUGACCAGUUUGUUCAGAAGAGUGCCUGCUGCGGGGGAGAAUAUAACAUCACCUCCAGAAAUCAUGACAACUAUGGCAAGACCGGAUCCGAAACUUGAAUCACAGAUAUCUGGCACGCUGGGUAUUCCGGUUGAAUUCCUCAUGCACAUUAGUAGGGCAUUGGCGAUGCCUGUUUCCAGUACUCCAGUUGCAGAAACAGAUUCUAUCCCCAGCACAGCACAUGCAGAUGAGGCGGACGAUCCAGCAAAUCUUUCCGCAGACACCACAGAUUUAGGUCAUCAUGAACUCCCGGGUGAGAACACUGUGAUGGAUAUAAACAACAACAACCGACAAGAUUUACAAGAAUUACCCAUUGUAGUACGUGAUCUGAUUCCUGAUGCCUCUUCUAGCGCCAAUAACCUAGUAACUAACAUCGAUGCUGUUUUUGACACGCCAGCAGGUAGUCUUUCACCGGCAUUGUCACUCAAUGUAUCUGAGUAUAACCCACGAAAGGUAAACAGUGAUAAGGAAGGAGUCUUGACCUUAUUCAAGAGAGGUAUCAUGCCCAUCCUACCACCCGCUAAAAGAGACUGGAGAGGUGUUACCAGAUUCCAACUAAACUCAGAAGCUUCGCAACAGCCAUUAUUCUGGCCACCUCAAGGAUGGGAGCAGUUUAGUCCCGAUCAAAAGCUGUUUGCACUUGAAACGAUGGCCUUCCAGCUUAACAGCCUACGAGCCCAAACACAAAAUUGGGACCGUACCUACCUCAUCGCCAAGUACCAAAUGCUGUCAUUACCUGGCUCCGCUAGACCACCAUUAACCAGCAGUUCAAAACAAGUAUGCCAGAUGCGCCAUUGCAACGAAGAGAUGAUUAAGAAGAUUGUAAAUGGAAACGUUACCCAACAUCAAGAUGUCACAUUCAUAAAAAUGAUGGAAGCAACAGCUAUUCAUAGGGAGAAUGAUACUGAUUGGAUAUCGGACCAGUUGGACCAAUAACAAAUCCGUUGUCGCUUCCUUGCGAAAUUAUAGAACUUGUGUAAAAAAAAAACCUAAACAUUGUGCGCGUUUCACAGAAGAAUUAUGGUAUAUUUUAACAAGAAAUCUACAGAACUGAGAAGUGUUUUUGGGCUCAUCGCGUUCUACGUCGGGAUUUGCUAUCAGUGGACAUUCAUCGUUGCUUCGAUUAUAGAAAGAACUGUUUAAUUAAAUUGUGUUUCGAACUGAUUAUUCUAACGUGCAGCUACCUGGUAUAGAUAAGAAGAAUUAAAAGCAUGCUUACGUUUGUGCUAGUGAUAUUAAACAUUUAUUACAUCGUGGAAUAAUUUCAAAUAAUACCCAGUUAUCAGUAUGACGUUAAAAUAACAUUAUUUGGACGUUGUGUUAGUCGUAUCGCGAGAUUCGAUGUUUAUUAAUUGGUACGUAAUUCAGGAGAAUUGUGUAUAUUUAAGGUGGGGAGAGUGUUAUAUAUAAGGGGGGGGGUUAGAUUUAAUUAUUGUUAUUAUUUC